AUGCUUUUCAAAAACGCUCUUUCCGUUCUUUCUGUGCUGAGUGCUUCUGCACUAGGAUUGGUUUCAGCUCAAUCAUCCACAGCCUACACUGAUACAGAGACUGGUAUCUCGUUUCAGCGAUUUAGUACCACAUCCUAUUCCGGAUUUUCCUUUUCUAUCGCAUUUCCAACUGAUCCGACGACUGAGUUCAUUGGACAAAUCGUUGGACCAAUCAAUACUGAUGGAGGCUGGUCUGGUGUAAGUUUUGGGGGUGGAAUGACAAGCAAUCUUUUGCUUGUUGCCUGGCCCAAUGGUGAAGAUAUCGUGCACUCAUUCCGUUAUGUCACUGGUUAUGAGGCACCUUCGGUAUAUGAUGGCGAUGCUACAGCCACCACAAUGUACACCAACAUCAACUCUACACAUUGGUCAUGGACUUUCCGAUGCGAGAACUGUGUCUCAUGGACCGAUGGUGGAUUUGACGUGACAGCUUCGUAUGCCAUUAUGGGAUGGGCUCAGAGUAAGACCGCAGUUAGUGAUGUAACUGAUGCAUCCUGCACUCUUCAAUACCACGACAAUGGAUUUGGACAAUACGGUAUGCUCAUCGGUUCAGCAUUGUCUGACCAGUAUUCAACUUGGAUUUCGGAUGCUGGGCUUUCUGCUGGCACUCCGUCAGGCAACUCUUCCACAUCAGCCGUACCAACAGCCACCGCAAGUGCCACUGCUACAGCAAGUAGCUCUGCUACUGCUACAUCUGCAAUCCCGGCUGCAACUGAGACUUUGGGUGAAUAUGACUACAUCGUUGUCGGAGGAGGUGCUGGUGGUCUUAUUACUGCCGAUCGUCUUUCGGAGACUGGUGCUAAGGUCCUCUUGAUUGAGAGAGGCCCGCCAUCAACAUAUGCCUCAGGUGGAACCGUUGGACCUGCUUGGCUCAACGGAGAGAACCUCACUCGCUUUGAUGUUCCCGGACUUUGCAACGAGAUCUGGGUCGAUUCUACUGGCAUUGCAUGCAACGAUAUUGAUCAGAUGGCUGGAUGUCUCCUUGGAGGUGGAACUGCUGUUAACGCAGGUCUUUUCUUCAGGCCUCAAGACCGUGAUUGGGACUACAACUUCCCCGAUGGUUGGAAGGCUACCGACAUGGUUUCUGCAACUGAUAAACUUUUCGCGAGAAUUCCUUCCACCGAUACUCCUUCCAUGGAUGGUAAGCGCUACUUGCAGGAACCAUAUGAAGUUUUGGCCGCCGCUUUGCCUCAGUCUGGAUGGGAGGCUGUUACUGCGAAUGAAAGUCCCAAUUCGAAGAACAAGACUUUCUCUCACACCCCUUUCAUGUACUCAAAUGGUGAGCGUGGUGGACCUUUGGCUACCUACCUCCAGACUUCUAUGGCUCGUGACAACUUUGAACUUGCAGUCAACACUACCGUCCGCCGCGUAGUCCGUACUGGUUCUACAAUCACUGGUGUCGAGGUCCUUGCCAGCGAUGUUGGCGGAAAGACUGGUAUCUACACCGUCACAGCCAAUACCGGAAAGGUCAUCCUCUCUGCAGGCACUUUCGGAACUGCAAAGAUCUUGAUGCGCUCUGGAAUCGGUCCCGAGGACUCCCUUGAAGCUGUUCAGGCAUCUUCCAUUGACGGUGCUUCCAUGAUUGCCAAGGAAGACUGGAUUCUCUUGCCUGUUGGAUACAAUGUCAUGGACCAUGCCAACACCGAUAUGGUUGCAAGCCACCCCAAUAUCACCGCCUACGACUUCUACGGCGCUUACGAUGAUCCGAUCGAAGCCGAUAAGGAGUUGUACCUCGACAACCGUGCUGGAAUCUUUGCCACUGCUGCCCCAGGCCCUAACACAAUGCUUUGGCAAUCGUUCGUUGCCUCCGAUGGAAUCACCAGACAGCUUCAGUGGACUGUGAGAGCUGAAGGAUCACUUGGGGAGGAAGGCGAUACCCUCAUUACCAUCAGUCAAUACCUUGGUACCGGUAUGACCUCCAGGGGAAGAAUCUCCAUCAAGGAGAAUCUCAACAUGGCAACCACUGUCAGCCCUUACCUGAACAAUGAAUAUGAUAUCGAGACUGUUAUUGCAGGUGUCAAAUCCAUCAUGAGCUCCAUCGCCAAUGUCAGUGGUAUCAGCCUUGUGCAACCCGCCGCUGGUGUUGACGCUGAGAGCUUUGUAAACAACUACAUCGAAAACCGUCGCAGCAAUCAUUGGCUCGGAAGCGCCAAGAUGGGAACUGAUGAUGGAAGGAACGGAAACGGAACUACCGGAUCAGUUGUUGAUACUGACACCAAGGUCUACGGAACUGACAACCUGUUCGUCGUUGAUGCCUCUGUCUUCCCUGGUCACGUGGCCACCAACCCCUCAGCUCCUAUCAUGAUUCUCGCCGAGAGGGCCGUUGAGAGAAUCCUUGCUUUGGGUACUAGCGCCAGCCCAUCAGCGGUAACUUCUAGUACUGUAGCUGUCCAGACUUCAACCUCUUCUAGCGCAGUAGUAGCACCUGUCUCAUCAACAAUUGCAGCGGCACCUACUUCAGCCGUUGUUGAAACCUCAUCUGCUAAGACCUCUUCUAUCGGGACUUCCUCCACUAAAGUAGUUGUUCCUACCUCUUCGGCCGCAGCAGUUGUUCCUACCACUUCGACCUCCGCCGCGGUAGUCGCUCCUACUACAUCCGCAGCCGUAGCAACAUCAGCUGCAACAAGCACGGCAGCCACCCCAACUGGUGCAGCCGCCGCCGGCCACUACUAUCAGUGUGGUGGAAAGGGCUGGACCGGUGCUACGACUUGUGUGAGCCCAUACACAUGCACAGCACAGAACGACUACUACUCCCAAUGUUUGUAA